AUGAGCUAAAAAACUAAACAACCUUUGCUUUAAAAAGAAAAAUCUUCUAAAAUGACAGAAAUCGAUAUUCACAAUGUUGAUAUCACAUUUAAGAAUUUAAAUUAUAACUUGCUUAUCAACAAGAAAGAGCAGCAAAAUAAAUUAAUACUUAAUAAUGUUUCAGGUUUAAUGAAAUCUGGGGAAAUUACUGCAAUUUUAGGGCCUAGUGGUGGAGGGAAAACAUCUUUGUUGAAUAUUUUAGCAGCAAAGAUCAAAACAUAAGCAGGAAGAUGUUCAAUUCAAGGAGAUAUUAGAGCUAAUGGAUUCUCAUAUGAUAAUUAAGACUUUAAUUCUUUUAGCUCUUACGUAAUGUAAAAUGAUAUCCUGCUAGGUUUCCUAACAGUUAAAGAAGCUAUACAAUUUGCUGCUAAUCUUAAAAUGAAUGGAACUCUUUUAGAGAAAGAUUUAAAAGUAUAGGAAGUCAUUUCUGCCCUUAAGCUUUAAAAUUGCUAAAAUACUUUGAUAGGCAAUGAAAUAGUGAAAGGUGUAUCUGGAGGAGAAAGGAAAAGAGUGAACAUUGCAUGUGAGAUUAUUAAUGAUCCUUAAGUUCUGUUUUUGGAUGAACCAACAAGUGGUUUGGAUUCUUAUACAGCAUACAUUGUAUUGAAACUACUAAAAGAUUAUGCUUAGCUUAAAUCGAUGAAUGUUAUCAUGAGCAUUCAUUCCCCAAACUAAGAUUUAUGGGAUUUAUUUGAUUAAAUUAUUUUAAUGGCUUAAGGAAGGUUUGUUUAUUAAGGUAGAAAAAGCAAAAUGUAAGGCUAUUUUGAAAGCUUAGGUUAUUUUUGCCCAAUUCAUAUGUGCUAACCUGAUUACUAUUUGUCGCUUAUCUCCUAAAAUGGUGAUGAAUAUUCUCCUUAAGAUGAAAAUAAAGUUACUGCGAUAAAAACUUUAUUUAACUCUUAUGAUUAAAAAAUAUAAAAUGAAGUUUUAUCAUAAAUAAAUUAAACUUAGGUUUUUAGAGAAAUGCAUGUGUAAAAAGUUAAAAAUAGUUUAUUUUUCUAAACUAAAUAAAUUGCUUCUAGGAAUUUGAUUAAAAUUUUUAGGGAUCCACUGCUAAUAAAAAGUCGUAUUUUAUAGACAAUAGCCAUGAGUCUUAUUUUUGGGCUUAUAUAUUUAAAUUAACCUAAAAUAAGCAGUGAUCUCUCUAUAAGAAGAAUAAAUGAUAGGAAUGGUAUAAUGUUUAUGGAUAUGAUGAAUAACUUCAUGAAUGCAAUGAUGGGUAUAAUCAUAUCAUUCCCUUCUGAGAGGCUAGUAUUUUUAAAAGAAGAAAACUGUAAAAUGUAUACUCCUAUAUCCUAUUUUUUAGGGAAGUUUAUAACAGAGUUUUUGAUGAAUUUACUUUUACCUUUAUUAUAUAGUUCUAUUAUAUAUUACAUGGUAGGUUAUUCUACUUAAGAAGAAUCUUAAUUUUGGAUUUAUGUAGCUACUUUGGUAUUACUCUCAUUUUGUGGAAGCGGUGUAGGUUUAACGAUUGGAGUUAUGUUUUAAGAUGUCAGAACUUCCACAGCUAUUACCCCAGCUUUUGUUCUCCCUCUCAUUUUGUUUUGUGGUAUGUUUAAGCAAAGAACUGAUUAUGCAAGCUGGAUUGGAUGGAUUUAGUACAUAUCUCCAUUUUCUUAUGCAUUUGAAUGUCUGAUAAGAAAUGAAUAUAAAUUCUUAGAAAGCCCAUAUAAUCCAAUCUAGACCUUUUAAUAUACACUAGGAAUGGAUACAUGUUUUUUGAUAUUAGCUUUUAUGUCUUUAAUCUUCUAACUUAUAUCCAUACUAAUGCUUUAUUUAAAGAGAGGUGUAAUAUAGUGA